UACACGUGCCUGGCCGCGAAAAGACACCGCGGGCGGAACGAGUAAAGACUCUCUUUGUUUACAAGGUUUCCACUACCUUGACAACAAAAGUCAUUCCAAAGACAGAUCCCUCUUCAAGUUGAAUAUGUCGCGUAGAAGAAAAUCUGGCAAUGGAAGGAUUUCAGUCCAUACACCAGAACUUAUCAACGAUAUUAUCGCAGGGCGCGAUAGAUUCGGUUCUGGAAAGGAAAUGAGGCGAAAUCAUCGAAGAUCUAAUUCAGCUCUGGAUAGAACAGAUUCGCCUCAACAGACAUGGGAGAUAAGACAGUCCUCUUCACCAUCCUCAGAACAAACGUUCAAGAUUCAGAAUUGGCUAAACGAAAAAUCGGUCCGCGGUAUUCAGGAACGCACAGACUUCGAGUCAAGGGCGACAAGAAAUAUGUACACAACACUGUUGGAGAAUGAGGAUUCAUUUGUUAAGGAAGUGGAUGGCUAUCUUCACUACAAAUCAAUGCUUGAUCGCAGGAAAAAACAGCUGCUGCAUAAGAAAUGGAGUGAAAGAGUUUACUUUCCUGUAAAGGAGCAAAUUGACCAGGAAAUGAAUGGACCAAAUUACAAAAACCUGGAUAAAAGGAAAAGGACAAUCUACAAACAUUAUCUGGAUUAUAGCAACAACAAGGGUGUGGUAUUCUUGGAUGUCAUGUCUCCAGAAGAGUACGAUCCAUUGGCUCUGAACAGAAAUCGCCCAGGUCCACUUAAGGCUAUUACUACAAAACUGGACGACUGUCUUAUAUCGCCAGGAGCAACAAGAUCAGAAGAAGACAGAAUAGAAUUGGGCUGCAUAACAGGAGAAAGGAUGCCAGAUAAGGAAAUAGAAAACAUUCGCAAACCACCGCCACCUCUUGUACCAUUGGGACGGCAAGGGACGGAGUGUAAGACAUGGCUCAGGAUGCAGUUGCAUGAUAUUGAUAGUGACGUCAGGAUGCGCAGUGGGUUACGUAUGAAAGGAACCUACAAUGACACAGACAUUGACUUUGAGGAGAUAAGCAAAGCAGAAACAAGCCCGGCUUUACUAGAUGUUGAAUUACGAGCACAGAAAAAGCGCCAGUAUAGAGAGAAACAUGCUACUACACUAGACAUUGAGUGGCCUGAACUUCCCUCGAUAUCACAACCUCCAGCAACAUAUCAUCCACGUAUUCCUAAUGUCUUACCACUAGGAAGCAGCUUUGAAUACAGACCCGAACUCCAGCUGAAUGCUUCAUACUAGAAAAUACUUUUAUCACACAAAGAUGACACAAUUCACAAAGCCCACAUCAUGUCUACAAAUUUAAUUUCCCAUUGCUGAUAACGGGUUGAGAUAGCGUUAUUUACAAUAGGUUGGAUUGAGAUUUACACGAAAAAAAAAAAAAAAACAUUGUCUUAUGCAAAAAUAGUUUACUCUUAAAAACACUCUCUUUUUUUCUCUCCAAUGAAACCAGAUAACAAAGUCUAGUUAACUUUCUUGUGUGUUAUAAAAAUGAAGCAAAUGUCUUAGAGCUGCAAAUUUCAAGGAAACUUUUUUUUGUUAGAUAUGCAUAUUGAAUAUUGAGCAACUAUACUUUUUAUCAUUUGGAGGAAAAGGCUGCUUUAAAUGGAGUGGUGCCAUUCAGUACGUAAGCUCAAUUUUAAAAUGACUGUUUGAAAGGUCCAAAGCUGUUAUGCUUAUACGAAGUACUGUAUUGUAAAAAAAAAAAAGAAAAAAAAUCAAUCUCACAAUGACUCAGCCUUAAAUACUACCAAACCACCACAGCAUCUACACUUUUUUAGACAAGUAGAUAUUUUUGUAUAGUUUAAUACAGUACACCACCACAU